AGCUGAUCAAACCUAACUGUAACCGACAUGCUCGAUCCUUUCGCGCUCAAGUUCGUUGACAAUCAAGCAAGUUACCUUGGCACGUCCACUGUAUAUAUUAGCACAACGUAUAUAUCCACAUACCUAUUUCGGAAAUGAAUGAUUCUUUCUUGGAGGACUUAGGAUUAAUACCGGAAGAACCGAAGAAAACUUAUCAGCAAGCGGAUUGUUACAUAACCACCAGGCAUGCUACUUCAUCUCCGCUGCUUAAGUUUUCCGAGCAAAAUGAGAGAGAUAAUAACAUCACAAGGCCACAGAAAGUACGUACCACAUUAACGGUUCCAAGUAUGCUUGACGUGAAGAUCACAGGUGGCAAAGAUCCUUCUUUGAAAGACUCCAAGAAGCAGCCUGAUCAAAAUAUCAAGAAGCAUUCCAUGAAGAUAAAAAUGCCGGAGAGAAAUGAGAAGGCAGAGAACAGAGUAAGAGCUGCGGAUGUUAAAGUAAAAAUGGACAAUAACCAGCAGCACGGUGUUAACGGAGAAGCAAGGACAAAGUUACAAGAAACAAGACACCUCAAGCUACUUGAGAACAAAACUGCCAGCAAGGAACGCAAUCGACGUUCUGGAUCGCAUAAAGAAACCACUCAUUCCACUUUCCCUAAGGAAAACAAACGUUCUCCUGAUUCAUCCAACAAUCAUUCCUCGGAUAUUUCCAAUAAGGAGAGCAGUCGUCCUUCAGAUUCUUCCAAAGAGAUCGAUCCCCAAGACUCGGCUAAGGAGAAAGAAAAGUUGCCGGCCAGUUUGAGAAAGUUCGGUUGUAACAUACAAGACCAAGAUCCGGUCGUUUUGCUUACCGCUAUUAAAGAGUUGAUCAGCACGUAUACCAAGCAGGAGAGCACGAAGAUUCUGCGUACUAUGCAGGAACUACAUAUAAAUUCCCAAGUGACCUUGAUAAAGAAUCUCUUAAAUCAGACGGACGAUUUGAUCAAAGAGAUGCAUCCCAGCAGGGAUUCUGCCCGAGUGAGAAUGCUGAUCGAGGAGAACGAACACUUGCAGCAAGAGUUGUUUGUUUUGAAAGCGCAGAACAAGGAUUUACAAAGUAAAUUAGAAGAGUUCGAGUUUUUGAAGCAGGAAAACGCAGCCUUGAAACUGAAGUGCGACGAGCUGGCACAAACCUAAUACGUUAAUGAUCUUCCAUAAUUUAAGUAUUAAUAAAUUAUAGCAUAGUAAUGCGCAAAAGAGCUUUUGUACGUAUUAAAAUCUAAUAUUGUUCGCGCCGUCCUUGAGAAAUUAUUUAUUUUUUUUACUAAAAUGUGCGUAGUACUAGUUAAGAUACAUGCAUGCUAUUUUAAAGGUACACAAAAGUCUGUUAAAUACUUUCUAUGACAAAAUAUUUGCAA